AUGGCAGCUAUUUCUUUCCAUGCUCGCUCCAACAGUUUGCCUACACAAUCACACCCUCUAGUCUCAGAAAUCGAUGAGCAGGUUUGCAGGUUGAGACAAUAUCAAGCUGCUUCCACAUCGUCAUCAUCCAUAGGCCACAACCUUGACAGCCUUCAGGUUGUGUGUGAUUGUGUUGACCAGUUGUUCCAACUGCCAACAACCCAACAAGCCUUGAUCAAUGACCAGAAGUGCUUCAAUGAGUUGUUGGACGGAUCUUUGAGGCUUUUGGACUUGUGCAAUACUGCCAAAGAUGCCUUGUCUCAAAUGAGAGAGUCUGUUGCUGAGCUUCAAUCUGCCAUUCGUAGAAGGCAAGAAGGUUUUGAAGGUGAAACCAGUAGAUACUUGAAAUCUAGGAAGACUGUGAUGAAAGCCAUCCAAAAGGUCUUGAAGGGCAUGGAUAGCAAGAAGUCCACCUCAUCAAACAACGUUGAGACGAUCUCCACAUUGAAGGAAGCGGAAUCUGCUAUUGUUGAGGUUUUGGAGUGCUUGCUGUCAUUCAUUUCUCAAUCAACCUCAAAGGCAAGCAGCUGGUCAUUUGUUUCCAAGCUGAAAAGGGUUGCAGCAGCUUCUAGCGAGAAUGAAUUUGCCAAUGUCGAUGCCUCUUUGAAGGCUAACAAAUGCAGCGAGCAGAUCCAACUUCACCUUAAGAAUCUGCAGACAUGCAUUGGAGAGCUCGUGGAGGGAGUUGAAUGCCUCUUCAGGCGUUUGAUCAAAACAAGAGCCUCAAUUCUCAAUAUUCACAAUCUGUAG